CGGGCCGACCCUUAAUUCAAAAUGAGGAUGAACCCGAUCAGCUGUUCAUUGUGGACGAUCUGCGUCGGAACGACAAGGACUCAGGUGGAAAAGGUCCUUUGCUUCGAUCUUGCUCAGGCACAUAAGCGAGGAUGUCCAUAUUCUUUGCCAAUAUUAACAACGGAUCGUGAAGAUAUCUGUUGAGGAAAUAUAUUAAAAUAAAUAUAUUUUUGAUACAAAUUUUAUGCCCAACUCGGUGUACUAAGAUUUAUUUAAACUCAACUUAAGUUGACGGACGUUUAGGGAAUGAUUUGAGUCUGUAGGAUAUAGUGGGAAUUGCGUGUACCAACUAAAGUGAAGUAAUCGCAUCUUCAGUGAUUCAUCUGUCUUCUCAAUAAUGAGACAAUAUUUUGAAAUCGAAUAACAACGGUUAAUGUAUCCUAUAUAAAAUCCUUUGAAGCCCCCAGUUCAAAUUACCACAAGUUAGAAACAACUAAACGCAUUAAACGCAAUAAAUCGUUCUGUUACCUAUUGGAGGAAGACAGUCUUCUACAGUCAAGAAGUCAUCUAUUAAGACAUCUAGGAAACGCAAAAGCAGAGACGAUGUACCACCAGCAGAUAAGCGUAAUCGAGGACUCCCGAUGGAAAAUACCGCACCUGCCACACGGAGCACUUCCACCAGGACAGCCUCGAGGUCCACGCAAUUGGGUACAGAGGUAGAAUUAGAAAUGGCCCAGGCAGAACGUCAGGAUAUCGAUAUUUUCUUGGAGGAUACCGCCGAGAGAAAUAAUCUAACUGUUGCAAAUGUCAAAAGUAUUCUUAAGCGAAUCGUUACAAACGAACACGUGGUGGCUAUGUGUAAACGAUCGAUGUCAGGUGUUGACCAGACCUCUGAUGGAGACAAUGAGCUUCCCUUUGAACCGAAAAUUACCCGGGCCAAACUUCGAGAACUGCGUGCCAAAUAUCCCGAAAUGGAAGAAUCUCUCAUGCACAGGUAUCCACAAACGGGAGUUGGCACAUUGGACAAAGGGGACCUCAUGAAACUGCUCAAGGACGAUAUCGCUGAGGAUGAGGAUAAUGAUGACGAAGAGUAUCAGCCCCCCAGUGAUGAGGAGCUGAGUGAGGAUGAUAGUGAAACGUCCACGUCGCUGCUAAACUCUCCAGUUACUGCAGGUCCGCGUUCUCCAACGCUCAGUGCGGUUGGAAGUCCGGCGCAUUCGAGUCCUUGUCAUAAUGUCUUUGCGGAUCAUUCGGAGACGAUCGCUCUUCGCACGCGUUCAAAACUUCCCUUAACAACAGAAGAUGUAGAACAAUUAGAGGCCAAUUUUAUCGCACCAGAUAUUACAGCUGAUAUGUACGAUACGGAUUGCGACUAUGACGAUGACUGGAACAAGUUUCUCAGAGAACUUAUGCAGCCUCGGGGAGGUAUUCGUGAUGAGGACGAAGAAGAGGAGGAUCCGCCAUAUAAUGUUCUUGAAGACAACGAAGAGGUGGACGAAUUCGAUCUUCGCUUCGAUCGGGCCACAAAAAUUUCAAAAACAGAGCUUAAUGAACUCGUCAGUGAAUUAUGGAAUAUUCCUUCAGCCGUUGAUGGAGCACCUCACGCAAAUGAAGAGACCGAAGACGAAGACACGAUCCUAAAUAAUAGUAGGAUUCCAACGCCACCGCUGUUCAGCGAUUCUGGGCCGACAUCUACAAAUGCCACUACUGGAAUGAUGGAUCCAGGAACUGCUUUCAGUGGACUUACCUCUAACAGAUCCUGCUCGCCAAUUGGGCCAACAGCAAAUCCUUCGGCAGUUCAACCUUGCCGUCGGGUGUCCUAUGAGUCAACCGUGCCUCUGCAAAGCACGCAGGCGUGCCUGAUACCGGCAUCUGUUCAACCACCUUCGAAUCAUACUGCGGUCAUAAUUCAACCUUCAGCAAGCUUAACAGCUGAAACUUCUGGCCACCAGGCAGAACUACAAUACUUGACUUCAACGGUGAGGAGCAGUGAACCAAACGUGGAGGUGAAAGUGCCGACAGCCAUAGCGGUCGGUCGGCGUAAUCAGCCAUCUUCUGUCACUACCCCUGACGGGCAACUAAGGCAUACUGCUCAAACACCGCUUCGUCAACAGGAUGUACUAAGUUACGCACUUUCUAUGGCGCUGAAUUCACCUUCGCAAGGACAAAUAAAUUCACCUAUGAAAAUUAUAAUUCAGCAGGGGUCAGAUCCCCCACAGGAAAUUUGCGUCGAGGUCCAACAACAGAUGCAAGAGCCGGUGGGGAGUUCGGUAUACCAAAAUGAUGCGACUUCGAUGACAAUGACUACAGUGACAACGGGGCGAGGUGAAAGCGCCAUGAACUACGUCUCGACCGAUCAAAAAGCGAUAGGGCAAACCAGAGAUCUUUUUGUGGAUCUGGAAAAGGCUUCAGGGCAAUCGGAUUCUCAGUCUGCUACUUUCAACGUUAAUCAACAAACCAGCAAAAGCAAAUCUUCACCACAGGAAGACUUUCUUAAUGAAAAUAGUAAAUCAUCACAUAUCCCUCUUCAGGUUACAACAGGUACCGAUAACAAGGAGUUUAAACCGACGAGUGGUGGAAUUUCAUCGGUUGGUAAUACAGGCGUAGUAAAUGAUGAAAUGGAUGAGGCUCGUCGGCUUAUUGCAGCCUCUCUGCCAGACUCUAAUCCGGCUGUCCAGAUCAUCUAUCGAGACAACGCCCUUUAUCAAACUCCCAUCGAGAUGCCAUCAGAAGAUGAUCUACUUGCAAAAAAUGAAGGCGUAACGUACGAAAUGUCCGAUGAAUUGUGGGACAUGAUACGAUCUGUAGAAAAGCGCUUUACCUACCAUAGGAAUAUCAGUAAAAAUCCAAAUAUCAUUGGCUUUAGCUCGGAAAUGGUUGAACGACUCAGGGAGCAAGUAAAGAUGUAUGUACAAUUAGCUACUCAGCUAGGAAUGCUCUCCGCAGCACAUCCGCACCUCCAGGUAUAUGGCGACUCAAAUCAAAAGACACUGGAGGCUCUUGCACAGUUGUCUCGUGUACAACUCAACCCCAUUUUCGAGCCUUUUAAUCUUCGACCUGGUCUACAAAUGAUUGAGAAGGUUCGAGCUCAACUAGACGAACACAACGUUCAUCCAGAAUUCGUUCCCCUAACCGAAAGCGUUGCAACUUCGGAGAACGUGAGUUUAGGUCAUCAGGACGACCGAGCUGCUAGCCGCAAGACAGCUGUAGCUCGGAGACCUAUUCCAUCUUCUCUUCGAAAAAUGAUCGCCUGGUCAAACGUGUUCUGCUUUCCAGAAAUUCUGCCAAGAGUGCAGUUAGUGUCGGACCUUGAGGAUUAUGCUCCGACACUGAAAUCGUAUAGUAAAUCAGAAGACCAAUUGAUUGCGAUGGGACUGGAGAGGUUCUAUCCCGACAUUGGGCAUACCUGCCCCUUAGAAACAGCGAAGCUUAUUCACACCUAUAUGACGCCUCUUCGAAGACCCUCACAGGUAGUAGACAAGGUCCGUAAGAUGAUGGAUCCAGAUCUAGCGCCGACGGCCAAUCCUGUGACACACUUCCGUGUGUAUCGCUCGUGUCCGCCACUUGAAUGGAAACCGCGCCGUUUGAUGUUGACCCCAGUUGAACAAGCGCCGUACGCGGUUCCACCGUGGGUGCGCGCCUUCAAGCUGAGUAGAGAGAACAAGGUGGCGGUCGAUCAGCUUCGUCGCAGUCAUCCGCCGGUCUCUUUGGCACCAUCAAAAUUAACUUCCCCUACGAAAUCUUCACCAAGCCUUAAUGCGAAUUCGGCUCCAUCGCCUGUGAAACAACAACCAUCCACAUCUGCUGUGAAUCCAAUUUUGAAGAAAUACAAAUUACUGCCGAAACCGAACGUCAUUUCAGUUAACAGUGGCGUCAAUAAGCCUGCAUUAAGCUCGACACCACUGUCCAAGUCACGCAAAGAAGCUCUUCUCCGUCAGAUGGAACGGGAAAGAGAUAUGCCAGAACAGGUGAUAUCAACAACAAAUACUUUUGCUCCCGAGGGUCCCCCUGAACAUGACCAACCAAUGCCAAACAGUAAUGCUACAAGUCCAGGGGGUGGGUCAGAAGUUCCUCAGAGUCCUACUUCGACAACAAUGGAGCAACAACAGUGUGCAGGCAGUUCUGGGAGUACAACUAGUAAUGAUUCAGAAAAAGACUCCAGUGUAUUAACACAGACUAAUGGAAGCGCCUCUUUUGCACACAGUGUACCCGAGACGCCUCCUCAAAGCUGUUCACAGAACAACACUCUCUCGGCCGCUUUAAUAUCUGGUAGCGUCGAUAUCGAGCCGAGUCCUGACGACGAGAAUGCGACAGGUGGCCGGAAUAAUUGCUCUAAAUAUGAGGACUCCAACAGCAAAAUCAUUGCCAAGGAGAAGGAUCAUUCAUUAGAGGGCGUUGAAGACGAUAGUGGACGCGAAAAUGCUGUAGCAGCAGCAGAUACGGGGGAAGCUGAGCCAGAUCCUGAAACAGAAGCAGACAGUAUUCAGGAACAACUGGAUGCGCUUAUGGCUGCAUCGUCAAAAAUCUCUCGUAAUACGGUGAAGUGUCCUCGAAAACAUCGUCAACUUAUCAAGGAUUUGGAGGCGACUUUGCCACUACUCGAUACGCAGCAGUUAAUAGAAGACGAUGAGAGGGAAAAUCAAUUCAUACUGAACUAUGUUGCCAAAGCAAAAAAGUUCCUUGAUCACGACAAAGUGCUUGAGAUGGUCUCUGUUCUUAAAAAAUACAAGGACAACGUAAAAGAGCUUUUUGUAAAGUUAGAUGACACCCUAUCAUCAUGUCCUGCGCUUGUGGAGGACCUAGUUUUAUUUCUGGACGCCGAGCAGGCAUUCCUGGCCGGUCGAUUUCAGCAGCAUCUGGCGCUAGCAAAAAUGCGCCUUUUCCUUCGUAAAACGGAAAUUCACUCCGGAUCGCCUGCUCUUGCUCAUAGGCUACUAAAGGCCCUUAAAAACUGUGUCAAAAGUUCAAACGCUAGUACUAAUCCUUCUGCAUCUAGUAGUAUUGGAAGUAUUUUAUCCGGCCAAACAUGCAACACUGUCGGUGGGGUACUUAUGGCCGGCGGCGGUGGUGGAGUUUUCUCAAGCGUCACUGGCAUUUCGUCCUCAACUGCCAGCUCGUCGCCUGGGGCUACGGGACCAAUCUCUGAAAUGGAAAAUGAAGACGAGCAUUUGGCGUCACAAGUGGUCGCUGCGGUCACUCCCCUAUUGCGGGGUCAACCACAUCUGAUGGAGGAGUUCUUAGCACUCUUUCCGAAUCAGCGCGUUGAGGCAAGUCGCAUGACGGACUUCGAUGAAGUCAUUUUGCUUGGCGAGGAUCCGCCGCCGGUUCUAUCAGGACGAGCGGCUCCUAAUUCACAGGGCGAAGGUCCUUCAGACGCAGACGAAGAUAUUGUCGAAGUGGUCCGUCUACCUCCUUCGCCUGAACCUGUUGGUGGUCGCAGGUGUCCCUGCAAAUGCCACCAGACAAACACUAUUUCAAAUUCAAGCGUGAAUCAGCACUAUAACCAGCAUUCGGGAUUCAAUUCUUCUGGUUCAACUAUAUACCAUUUCGGUGCAAACACCGCCAUACCUUUGGGAGGUGCAUCUCAGAAAGGGCCUACAGAAGAACAUCACAAACUCGCCAAUCGUGAUCGUCACUGUGUCGAAUGUGCUAUUAGGUUUGUUGAUGGUAAGGUUUUUCUCCAAACGGGCAAGACAAUGAAGCCUGCUGCAGUCAGGUUCGUCGAAGAAGCCCCCGAAGAGGAGGAACCACCUCUAGGAGAUUCGACAGAUGAAAAAGAGAAAGGAGCGGAUGAAAACUCUGAAAAUCGUUUUGCGGAUACUUCAGCAUCUUUGGAAGAAGAAGCCGUUGAAAAACAAUUUAGUAGUAAAGAAAGUCAUGAAUUCAUUACUACGGCAGGAGCCAUAAAAGCUGCUAUAACUGAAAAGAAGUUUUGGACCAGGGAACGAGAUGGAGUUCUUCUGUCGACGUGGCAAUCGGCUGGAGGUGAUAUGGACACGUGCUGCACAGACGUAGCUUCUAAGUUGGGAAUAUCUAAGGACGAGGCACAAAAACGACUAGCUUUUCUUAUGAACGUCUAUUCGAGCUAUCUCACACAGUCGCGGCAGCAACAGCAACAGUUGUCACAAUCUUAAUAAGUAGUUAGUCAACCAUGUGGUCACCACUUUCCUUUCCUGUCGAGAGAAAAUAAUUUUUGCCGUUGCCAGUGGCAAACUGUAUAAUUAGAACGAGCAAAGUUUAGCAAUGUAGCAAAAAUUACAUUGUAACGCUGGUGCUAGAUAGAAGCAAAACGAAACUCUUAGUUAUAUCGAGACACACAUACACCAACCAACAGGGAAUGGCGCGAAAAUUUGAAAUCGGAAAAAGGAGCAAUAGUAGUAAGUUAGAGAAGAAUCGAAAUGAAGAAAGAAUACGAAACUAGGCCGACUAUUUCAAAUUCAUAUGGUCAUUGUCUCAAUGGUAUUGUCGCGAUGCUUAUUCGGUGACUUGUUACGGCCACUUAAUUUUUGCACAUUGUAAAUGUAAAAGCAGUUAGUUAAUGUAACUCGCGCGAUAAGAUGGAUAUGCAAAAAUUUUUCCUUAGGACUACGUAAUGCCUUACUUGUGUAAACCCAAAUAAGCUACCGCAGGCGAUAUUUUUAAUGAAACGAGCCUGUAGACGUUGUAAGGAACUCCUGUAUAGCUAACAAACGGAAACAGUUAUUUCCAUAAAAUAAAAAAUCAAUAUGCCAUAGCAGCUAAACUGUGACGUGUAUAUGAAUAAAAGGGCAAAUAUGGUAUAGAGUUCUCAAAACCUGCGCGAUGCGUAGCAUGUUUGAAAUUUUCUGUUACUGUUCCAUUUUUGCUUGAGAAUAGUUCUAUUGUAAAUAUUGUAUAGAAUGUAGAAGCGUAUUUGCAUAAUUCAUUGUGAGCUGUUCAGCUGUCAUGUUCAUACCCCUCAAAAUAAGUACACGUAUGGAAAGUAAGUCUAUGUACAUUUAACAUAAUAACUGAAAUAACUGAUGUUAGUAAAUUAUAAUGCGAAUUGUACAUUAGAAGAAGUAAUGUAAAUUACCGCGCUUGUUUGGGCUAAAUCAAUCAUAAUAGCUACUGAAAAAAGUACUUAAAGACACGGAUACAUUGGCUGAACAGAUAUGUAAAUAUAUUAAUUAAAAGGGCGCACAUAUUUGUAUUGUGUUUGAGAGCCCGACUUUAAUGAAAAGAAAAAAGACUGGCUUUGUGUGAAUUAAUCAAUGAAUAAACGAGAUAGCAUAUUCAUAAUACGAUGCGCGCUUUUUACAAGCCGGCAGUUUGACUCGGAAUUUGCACGGAAAUUUACUUCGAAUAUAAGUUCACCUAGAGAGCGUGAUAGACGUGGGAUUGCCGUGUUUCUCAAAACCAAAUUACACACAUCUUUAAAGGUAGUGAAAGGCUAAAUAACAGUCGAAAAAAUAAAUGACCAAAAGCUUUACCCAUGUAGGUUUUGUCCGGAACCUACUUAUGUAAACUUUUUGACCGUAUCGACAUCGCACGGUUUGACCGUAUCGACAUCGCACGGUUAGGAAAGAAGAUCUACUUUUGCAUCGGAACCUAUUUAUCUAAACUUUUUGACCGUAUCGACAUCGAUGAUUAACAAAGAAAAGUUUCUAAUGUAUUAGUUUUACAAAGAAAAGUUUCUAAUGUAUUAGUUUUUACUGUUUAGAAUUUUCUUUGAAUAUGUUGAAGCUAGAAUUUUAGUCAUGUUAAAGACUCUCUCUGGCCCUCAUUGUUAAUGCCUAGUGUAAGGUGUUUACCGAUUCCUCCUUUUACUUAUUUUUACUCAUAAACCAUGUUAGAGAUGAUGUCCUGACAUGCUUUAGAUACGAUGUAUUUCAAUUGAUUUUACAGCAGAAAGUUAAAAUGUCUUGAAUUCCGUUUAAGAGCAGUUAUUCGUAUGAAGAUAAUACUUAAGUGGUUAUGUUAGGCGUGGCAUUUUUAAGUUAGCUGGGAUCUACCACAGUUAUCAGCAAGUGUGGGUGAAGAUAGUUAUUUUGCCGUUUGCACUAAAGUAAAUGACGUGGACACAAUAACGUAUAUGCGACCUUUAAGCCAGAACAAAUUUACUUGAAGAUUUUCACGCAGUCGUUAAGGGUCAUCUGGUCGACGUAACACAUUUGUUCUGACUAGAGGUUGCUGACUGAAGUACCAAGCUAACUUUAUGCAGUUGCAGAUUUUUUACAGCGGGUCUGACUUUUUGAUGGCCCUGUGCCAUAAUAUAAUGCCGGUUUUACAAAGCCUGUAAAAAGUUUAUGUCCUUAAUCGACGAAGCUUCCCUUUCCCUGAGUUUUUAUCCACAUGUGUUUUUUUCGUGUUUUUUUAGUGCAGUAUUUUGUGAUUUUGUUCAUAAAUUAUAUAACCGUUCACCUUUGCAGCCCUGCUGUUAUCCCUUCCCUGGCUGCAAGGUUAUAACUCGAAUCUUUUUCCUAACCACUACAGUGACUUUUUAAUUGCAUUUUACUUGAAAUCUUACUGAAACCUCACCAACUACUGUAUAAGCUUGCUUCCUCUCUAACCCUGUUACCUGUAGCCUUCUGUUACAGAGAAACCAGAUAUCGGGCUGAUAGACUGCCACACAGAUGUAUAUCAAAAAACGCGACCAAUAACGAAGUUCGCCACGUAAAGCAUCAUUCCUACAGUAGUGACCCCUAUAAUUUUGUAUUGCGUGACUAGGUCAACUAAAUCGGCAAACACUCUUUCUGCCCCUUGGAGGUUUUCGCGUAGUUCAGCAUGACUCUUCACUGCCAGGCGUUUUAGUUCUGCUAUCUCACCUACAAAGAUGUCGAUUCAGAAAAUAUGAUUAAUUGUAAUGUUAGACUACACGGUUUAUUAUUUAUAUCAGACAACAUAAUGAUCUGUUGCUACAGCGUAAACCGUGUAGAAUACUAAAGCUAACAAUAUGAGAAGUAACCCUCCACACCGGCGCCCUCAAUGAAACAGUUAGUGAAGUCGAAGGCAAGUCGUUCCUGACUUUCCGGUUCCUUCCUACAAGUUUUACGUUAUAUGUUGAACAACGAAGUGGAUGAGCUCAUUAUAGCGGAACGCGUUAUAACAGAGUUACUCACAAAAAAGCUUUGAAGACUAUUGUCCAUUCUGUUAUCAUCAGAGUGAAUCAAUAUUUAGAUUUAUGGAAAAAUGGGGUUUCGUACAUAAGAUCAG